AUGAGUUCACUCAUCAUGUAUGAAGAUGAAGCGAUUGACCAUUAUAAUGAGUAUUUGAUGAGCAAAAGAAAAGAAGUAACAGAAAUAAAGAAUUAUAAAUUCAACGGGAAAUUCAAUUCAAAGCCAACUAAAGCAUUCAUAAUUAAAAAUAAGAAAAUACAUUAUUUAACAUAAUCGCAGAUAUUAGCUUUGGUAGUUUUAACAUACGCAGUUGAGUAUGGUAUUUAUACACAUAUAGUGAGGGUUUGCAAUUGAGAUGGUUUUCAUCUCUCCUUUGUUUUUGAAAUUAGACACUCCAGAACUUUUAGACUCUUCAAUGUAAUAAAUUACAACAAUAUUCCAGUUGGUUAUUUCCUCCUUUAAUUAAUUUAUUACUCUAUCCUUUUAUUCGAUACUACAGCGAAAGUAAAUCACAUCAAUUAAAAAACGCUAUGAUAUAUUUCAUAAUAGUUUCUAUCAUGGGUAUAGGACUAUUAGCGGAUACCAAGUAAAUAUUUCAGUAUAUUUAGAUAAUUAUAUGUGGAUUCAAUAAAUAAAAAAACAUCAGUUCUUAUUAUUUCAAUCGUAAGUUUCACAGUAAUGGAUGUCGGUUUAGAGAUGCUUGGAGUAUGACUAACAUUUUAUAUAAAUAGUUUGCUUGUUCUGCUUUAUUAGAAGAUUAUGUUAAUCCAAAACAGACGUAAAAAGUGUAAUAAUACAGAACAUUUGUGGAUUCAUUUGGAAAAUUUACUGGAUUCCUAGUUUCAAGUGUCUUAGCUUUCAAUUUUAUUUAUUUAAACUUUGAUAAUUUCAUCGAAAACUUAUCAUUUGCAUAUUUAGUAGGAUUGAUAAUGAUAUUGAUUGGCUUUGGAAUGGUUUUGAUAUCAUUUCCGCAUAAAGGAUUAGAUUUAGUAUAAUAAAAUCACAAGAUGAGGUUUAGUAUCAAUUCAUUUUUGCCUGGAAUAACAUUUAUAUCGUAAUUAAUUAUAAAUAUAGGCUAGAUAAUUGCCCACAAAGAUGAAAGUAUUUUUGCUAUCGCAUUUUUUCACUUGCGGUUCCUAAUUGUUUGUAUCUGUCUAUGCCACCCUGUGGUCAGGCAUUACCAUGUUGGAAGAGGGGCCUCAAUAAUACAAUGAAGCAAUAAGGAAUAUUGUAUUUGACAUAGGAAUUAGCUGGGGUAUUGUUUAAAUGAUAUACAGAGGGGCUUUGGCAUUGUGUAUGAGUGCAAUACUUCAUCUAUUGACAACCUUGUUUUUAAAGUAAUUGGGAAAUCGAUACACUUGCACAAUAUAUAUGAUAGUUAAUGCUUUGGCUGGAGCUUCUUUAUUGUAUACUUGGUCUGUUAAUGAAUUUUAUUCUAUUUUUAUCACACUUCCUUUUUGGGGAGUUCAAACUGCUGUUUUGAGUGAAUUGCCAUACAAAUUAGCAAAUCAGUUGGAGGAUGAUGUAUUAAUUCAGAUAAUAUUGAUUAGCAUGUUAGGGAUACAAUAAAAGGACUCUUACCUUAGAUGCUCAAUUUAACAACCUUUUUUUCUUAAGCAUUUAUGUUUUUCAUAAUUCCCCUUGGUUUUUUGUUGUUAUCUAGUGUUGAUGACAUUUCAGUAAGCAUGUUCUUAAGUGGGAUAUUCAGUUUAAUUGGAUCGUUUUUGGUUUGCUUUUUAUGA